GAAAGUGGGAGUGGUGGUCCAUCCUUCUGAGUCCUUGGUGACUACAAACCCAUGCUCUUUCUCUCAAGCCUGUAGUGAAAGUGACCCUUCCAUACUCCACCAGAACAUGCCGGGGUGACUCCCUCCCAGAUCGUCCUGUGGCCUUCCUCGCUCUCCCCAGUGACACUAUGCAACCCCAGCGUGACCUGCCAGGCCUCUGGCUCCUGCUGCUCUCCUUGUUCCUGCUUCUCUUUGAGGUAGCCAAGGCCGGCCGAGCUGUGGUUAGCUGUCCCGCCAACUGCCUGUGCGCCAGCAACAUCCUCAGCUGCUCCAAGCAGCAGCUGCCCAAUGUGCCCCAAUCUUUACCCAGCUACACAGCACUUCUGGACCUCAGCCACAACAACUUGAGCCGGCUCCGGGCCGAGUGGACCCCCACCCGUCUGAUUAAUCUGCACUCCCUGCUGCUGAGCCAUAACCACCUGAACUUCAUCUCCUCCGAGGCCUUUGUCCCAGUACCCAACCUGCGGUACCUGGACCUCUCCUCCAACCAUCUUCACACGCUGGAUGAGUUCCUGUUCAGCGAUCUGCAGGCACUGGAAGUGCUUCUGCUCUACAAUAACCACAUCGUGGUGGUGGACCGCUAUGCCUUCGAGGACAUGGCCCAGUUGCAGAAACUCUACUUGAGCCAGAAUCAGAUCUCUCGCUUCCCUCUGGAACUGAUCAAGGAUGGCCACAAAUUACCCAAACUUAUGCUCUUGGAUCUGUCGUCCAACAAGCUGAAGAAGUUGCCUCUGACCGACCUGCAGAAAUUGCCAGCAUGGGUCAAGAACGGGCUGUACCUGCACAACAACCCCCUGGAAUGUGACUGCAAGCUCUACCAGCUCUUUUCGCACUGGCAGUACCGGCAGCUGAGUUCCGUGAUGGACUUCCAGGAGGAUCUCUACUGCGUGCAUUCCAAGAAGCUGCACAACGUCUUCAAUCUGGAUUUCUUCAAUUGCAGCGAGUACAAGGAAAGUGCCUGGGAGGCUCAUCUGGGAGAUACCUUGACCAUCACGUGUGAUACCAAACAGCAAGGGAUGACCAAAGUGUGGGUGACACCGAGCAAUGAACAGGUGCUAAAUCAGGGGGCCAAUGGCACAGUGACUGUGUCCAAGGAUGGCAGUCUUCAUUUUAAAAAGGUGCAGGUGGAGGAUGGGGGGGUGUAUACCUGCUACGCCAUGGGGGAGACUUUCAAUGAGACACUGUCUGUGGAGUUGAAAGUGUACAACUUCACCUUGCACGGACACCAUGAUACCCUGAACACAGCCUAUACCACCCUGGUGGGCUGUAUCCUCAGUGUGGUCCUGGUCCUCAUAUACUUGUACCUCACCCCUUGCCGCUGCUGGUGUCGGGGUGUGGAGAAGCCUUCCAGCCAUCAAGGGGAUAGCCUCAGCUCUUCCAUGCUCAGUACCACACCCAACCAUGAUCCGAUGGCUGGUGGGGACAAGGAUGAUGGUUUUGACCGGCGGGUGGCCUUCCUGGAACCUGCUGGACCCGGGCAGGGUCAAAAUGGCAAACUCAAGCCAGGCAACACUCUGCCGGUGCCCGAGGCAACAGGACUCUUCCUCCCACUGUGUAUACCAGGCUGGCAAACCUCAGAGCCAAUGGGCUCUAUAACUAGACAAUGACCAUUAAACCUGGCUUGAGUCUCUGCUCUGGCACAGUUUGUGGAUGGUUUAUUUAUCUUAGCUGUGGGUGGGUUCAGCAUACUUCAAAAGGGUGUGACACAUCUAAAGAGAGAAUCUCUUUUAAGUGUUGUUAUCUUCAUCGCCUAGGAAUUAAGUGUAAAAUAUCCAGGCAAUAGGAUUAGACAAGAGAAUGGCAAACUUUUUCUUCUAAGGCAGAGAGUAAAUAUUUGGGGCUGUAUAGGCUUCACCAUUUAUUAAACUUCAGCUGCACUGAUACAGUAGACAGAUGUCCCCAGUGUAUAGAUGAAUGACUGUGGUUCCGUCUCAAUGUAGUAAUCUGCUAGAGUCAAAUGCCCAAGACAGAGUGUUUUAUGAGGAAAAAAGAUUGACUGAGCUUACAGUUUUGGAGGGUGAAAGUCAAAGAUCCGGUGGUCGUAUUUGUUGUGCAUGUCGAGAGAGCCUCAUGGAGUAUGUCACAAUAAUGGAAGGGCAUGCAGAAGAGAUCACAUGGGGAGACAGGAAGCGAGAGAGACUCAGGGGUCUGGCUUGCUCUUUGUCUAACAGCUUGCUCAUAUAAGAACUAACCAGGGUCCUAUGAGAACUACAUUAAUGUCUUCUAAGGAUGAUGCCCCCAAUGACCUAAUUAGCUCUCACUAGACCUUGUCUUAAGGUUUUCACCUUUCAGCUAUACCACACUGGGGUCCAAGCUUCUAGGACACGAAUCUUUUAGGUACUUAUUCAAAUCACUGCUGAAACAUAGCAAACAAUGAAAUUCUACUUACGGGCAUUAAAAUGUUAGUGUCUUUUGAAUCUGUUUCAACCAGUUAAAAAUGUAAAAGCCACCAAUCUUACAGACCACACAAAAUCAGGCAGGGGUUGGUCUGCCCAAAAGACCGUGGUUUCCCAGACUCUGAAACAGAGUCUCAAAAGCAGCAUCACAGUGCCUGAGCAAGCAAGAGUCUUGAUAUCCUGGGCUAGGGCUUGUGAUGAUUUCCUGGAUCCCUAAGGAGGAGGGUUGCCUCCCUAUGGGCUUCUCUUAAAAGGCUAGAUCAAGCUUUCUAAUUGGUACAAUGGGAAAAUGCCUGGGUUGGGAGGUUGAUUUUUUUUUAAUGGUGGGAAACAGCUCACUUUCAUAAAAUUUUGAUUAUUACCAGGAUAUUUUCAUCUUGGGCUAAAAGCAUAUUCAUCUAAUGGGUAUGUUAAUACUCAAUGACUGCUUCAUGUAUAGUAAGUAUUCUGCAGAACAGAAAAAAAAAUGGAAUUUUUACUUUUUUCUUAUAGACAUACCCUACCAGAAAAUGGAUUAGACUAUACUCUGACUAGGCUCUUGGGGCUUCUGGAAGGGACUGUCCUGGUAGAUCCAAAGAGGGUGAGGUCUAGGCCCAUACCACCCUACAUAUGCCAGAUCUCAGCUGAUCUGAGAAGCUAAGUAGGGUCAGUCCAGGUUUGUACUUGGAUGGGAGACCAAAGAGGGAGGACAUUUAUAAUUACCCUGACCUCUUACUGCAGCCCUCUCCUGUCUGCGAAGUUAUCUUUCUGAUCUUGGGAGGAACAGUGGAGCCACUCCACCUCCAGUCACAUCAAGUCAGUAAGGGACAUACAGAUGUUGAGGUCAGAGCUCUCCCAUAGUCCACAUCUGUGUAUUUUCUCAUCUUUACAAAGUUGCUUUUGCUAUGGCUGUCCCCUGGUUCAGAGGGUGGUGCUGGUAGAGAACAGGCUGGGAAGACUUCUUGGAGUUCUCCCCUUUAUGUUUUCUGAGCUCUCUCACCUUCCAAACCUAUAUCUCUUCUGCUUUUUCUGCUCAUCCCACUCCUAAGCCACAAGCUCCCUGGAUCGUGGUCAGGAUAUGCAGUUUGUCUGUCAGGUCUUGCAAGACUUUCCCCCAUCCCCCUCAGGCAGCACUUCAGGGGGAACAGAGAAGGCUGAUGUGACAGAUUGAGAGUCCAGUGCAUGGGCUAGCCUAGUCUUUCUUCACCUGGUCUCCCAGCUCCUCCCCUUGCUGUAUUUGUACCACUUAUCUUGUCUCCUAGGCAACCAAUGGUGAUGCUGCACUUUCCCCACCCACAUGGCAAAAAAAGCUCGGGCCCUGCAGUAAGGACAGUUGGCUUUUUUGGUCAGGCCACGGGGAGUCUAUGCUGGCUGCUUCCUCUCCCAGGGCUUUGAAAGGGAAGGCUAAGCUGCCAGUCAGGCACUUUCAUCAGGCUCAGACAUUGACCACUGACCGGGAGAAGGUAUCAAAUGGCCAGGAUCCUUAGAAGUGCCCCGAGGCCUUCCCUUACGGUGUGUGCCAGCCUGGUUACUGUCCCUGGAGCACAGAGGACAUAGAACUAUGGCCUGAGAGCCAUCCUUCAGCAGACCAGAAGAUGCAGUCCGACUAGGCAGCUUCUGCCCUGGCACAGAUAAGGUGCUGUGCACACAGGUUAGGCAGGACUGCUUUGCACUUCUCUGACCUCCCACUGCUCCCUCGGUUUGGUCUAAGUGUCACUGCUAGGACACACUGGAGGAUAACUGAGAGCCUAUCUCAAAGAUAGGGUUCUGGGAGCCGCUCAGGUCACUACUGACCCAAAACCAGCCCCUCAGAUUCCAUAGACUAGCCUGACAUGGUUCCUUCACUGGCUUCAAAGCAGGCUAAACACCUCUUUGGGAACUUCUGACAAUGGCUGGCUGAUUAAUAACGGACUGCUGUUCUCUGACCACAUCUGUGACUAGCCAAGCUUUCUGGGAUAAGGUAGUCCCAGCAGAGGUAAUCUGUUUGGGUUAAGCCCUGCCCAGUGCUGACCAUCUACUUCCAACCCCUGUCCAAGGCGGUUCUGGGGCACUGCUCUCCCAUCCUCGGCUUCUGGCAAGAGUGGCUGAGGCUAAACUAGUGUUUCAUUUCUGGAUCCCAGGACAGAGACAACAAUUAAGAUAAAAAAAAAAAGACAAAUGUUCAA